GACGAAUGCUUUGCGGUCGGGCAGCAAACGAUCGCUUCCCGUUUCCUGCAUUUCCCUCUUCCCCAUUCCCCGCAUUCCCAAAAACUGCAGGCGGCUAAAAUUAUCUCCUCAGUGUUGUGGUUAUGGUAAGGCAAUCAAGCCGUGGUGGACCGGUCCAGACAGGGGGUGUGCAGACUGGGGGAUUACCACACCAUCCCUGCAGACCAGCAGUUUAUCCAGCCAUCUUUACAAAAAUCCCCCCUGAUCUCACUAAAGCCUUCUGCGCCAAGUAUGGAUACAGUAAUGGUGGUGUACAUCUGGGUUUGAUCACUUCAGAUUGUCCCUCCCCAACCUGACCCCCCCUCCUGUACCGAAUCCUACAGCCUACAGUUGUGAAACUGUUAGGGGUGGACUCCUGCACUGUGUGGGGUAAGGAUCCACAUGGAGUAUGUGACUUGGCAGCUGGUAGCAGGGUUCCAAAGGACUCAUCCUUUUGGGACGUCCCCAGCCUCUUACACACAGGACAUGUGAGAACUCAACCCUGGCUAACUCCUGACCUUAACAAAAUAUGGUCACAACUUCUUUAGGAGAGAGAGACUUUCACGGAGUUUCCAAGUGGAGUAUGUAUACCUUUAUAUAAACCGACAGCUGGACCAGUGGGAAACUUUCACAGAGAGUGAGACAAGUCCUCCAGGCUGGGUGGAAGCUGGUGACGUCUUUUUUAUCUUCAAGGAAAGAGGAGGUUUGUGCGUUGUGAGUACCACCGGAGGCAAGGCGAUAUCGCAUCUGUCUGUUCACAGCUCUGAGUGGACCUGACACCAGUAAGGGAUACUGUCAGGCAAUCAGCAGUUUGGGGACAACUUCCUGACAGAAGCUGACAUGACCACACUUGUCUGUGACAAUCCGUCAACAUCCCUCUAACUUCCAGCGGUUUGUUCUACAUCCUCUGAGUGGAAUUGUUUGGAGUGUUUCCUCACCAUACAUCACUGAGACCGGUUGUUGUACAACAGGAGUGAUACGGAGUAUCCAGGACAAGUGCAGGGGUAUAAAUCAUCCAGGAUCAGGUCCCACAAAGGCUGGCUUCAUGAGAACCCAAUUAUGCCCAUGAUAGAUGAUCGGGCGAGAAUUGAACCCAGGUCCACGGGUCAGAUGUUAAGUAUUACUUAGUUUACAGGCUGUAUAUGCAGGCCAGCUGUGGAGGACAGUUUGUGGUGGAGAGAGGAACUUGUCAGAGAUCCAGCUGGAGUUCUGUGCUGCGGCUGUGUUAGUAGAAAGGAGUGGAGACAACUGCAGGUUAAGUAAAUACUACCCCAGCCAUGUGGCUGUGUGUCGCCUUCGCUCUGUCCGUGAUGUUUUCGGGGCAGGGGCUCGGCUGUCCGGACAAGUGCAUCUGCUGGCGCGACGGGCACGUGAACUGCGUGGACCAGCGUCUGCAGGGCGUGCCCCUGGGGUUGCCGGCGGCAACGGUUAACCUGGACCUGAGCUGGAACAGCAUAGCCGGGAUUCCGGCCCGAACGUUUGAAAAUCUUACCCAGCUCCGUUAUCUGUACUUACAAGGCAACGAGAUUUCCCACAUCUCAGGGGACGCUCUGUUAGCCAUCCCGUCUAUACAGGAGCUGUGGCUGAGCGAGAACCAGCUGCAGGAUUUCCCGUGGGCGGUCCUGCCGCGCCUCCCAUCCCUGCUCCGUCUCGACCUCCAGAACAACCGCCUGGCGCACGUGCCCUCGGGCGACCUCCCGACCUUUCCCGCGCUCACCUGGAUCAACCUGGCGUACAACGAGAUCGCCAGCAUCGAGGGUGACUUCCUGGCGAGCCAGCCGGCGUUGGAAACGGCCGCGGUCCAUAACAACCCGUUCAGCUGCAACUGUUCGCUGCAGUCCUUCCGAGAGUGGCUGGACGCAACAAAGGUAUCAGUGCCGAACAACGCGGAUAUCGUGUGCGACACGCCGAGACACCUAAAGGGGCGGAACGUGAUGGCGGUGCCAAUCGGAGCGCUGACGUGCCGACCGCCGACGGUCGCGGUCUACCCGACAAACAUCAACGUGCUGUCGGGACACACAACAGUCAUGCUGUGUAACACCACAGGUGACCCCGACCCGGAAGUAGAAUGGAUCCUCCCCAUGGGAGCCGUGAUCUCCGCUGCCUCCAAAACCCGCCGCAUCCGCAUCCUUCACGACGGAAGCCUGCUGCUCUCGCCUGUCCGACAGACCGACGCCGGGACCUACACCUGCAUCGCAACCAACCAGGAGGGGCGGGCCAACGCCACGGCAACCAUGAACGUGACACGCGCGGACUGCGCCGGCCCCAACUGUCGCUCCAUCGCCAGCGACGCCGUUCCCGUACGGAUCUUCGUGACGUCCGUGACGUCGAACUCUGCCCUGAUCCAGUGGUUCCCCCUGGUGGAUGAGCCGGACUUGCUGACGCUCGAUACGUACCGAGUGCUGUACUACAGGGUCGGGGAGUCGCUACAGCAGACAGCGGUGCUCAAGCACGGAGCGUCUCUCUACAGGAUGAAAAACCUCAAGCCGUCCUCAAGGUACUCGGUGUGUGUGACCCAGUCCCUGCUGCCGCAGGGCGACCACUGCGUGGAGUUCCGUACGGAGGACGCUGAGCUGACGCACACGUACAUCACGAUCGGCUACACGCUGGGCAGCGUGGUCCUGUUACUCCUCAUCGCCACGGUGGUGUACUGUUACAUGCGCUGCUACCGCAGGAAGCGACGCGACGUGUUCCAGAGGUCGAUGAACGCCGUGAACCUGUCGAACAACCACGCCACGAUACAGCGGGCGGAGAACGGGACGGCCGUCCACAUGAACGGACACGGAUGACAGAUAUAAUCUUGACUCAUAUGGAUGUACAUAUUGCAUAGCCUAAGUAGCACCUUCAAACAAUCUGUAUCUGUAAUUUGUAUCUACAUGUAUAUAGCCAGUAUGAACACCCUUCAGCGUAACACACCAGCUUCGCAGGCACGUAGCGCAGCAGCAGCUGGUUAUAACUUAUAUUACAAUGAACGACCCGUCACAUCUAACUUUUGCACAUCUACAAAUUUAGAUGCCCCUACUCUGCUUGGUGAUAACAAAUUCCACUCUGGGAAAAUGCAAAUUUUUUAACACAUCAAUCCCAGGUUGGUAACUUCAACAAUCAAUCAAUCAAUCCAUCAAGUGGUUUAUUGUUCACAGAGGCAAACAAGGAGUGAAUUGUGCCAAAUACACGUACAGUGUAGUACGAGUAUUGCACUUGGUUUGUAGCAUUGUUUACUUACUUUUGCAGUAUUUGCAAUACUAUGAUAUCAAUCUAAUUGUAUCUCAGUCAGAUAUCGAAGAACACGACAGCUGUGCACACGAACCCACAUGGAUGCCACACCAGUGGAAGUAAUCUCUGAAUUUUAUCCAGCUGUAUAUGUGUACGUAUGUAGAGACUGAACUACCUGGAUGCCUAAUUUUUAUCAACAUUUCUUCAAGAACACAACAGUCACGGUGACUAUUUCUUGUACUUGCUGACAGGUUUGUAAAAAUGACAAGUGUAGAUUUGUCCUGGCUUGUUGUAAUUAUCUGUAUGUAUGUAUGAAGAUGUAAAGAUUCUACAAUUACGCGAGUAUAUGUAUCAUGGAUUAAAAAAAUACCUUUGGUGGCAAUAAAGUUUUUUGAUAGCUGUCUGAAUUCUAA